UAGGAGAUAUUGAAAAAUAUAUGUCGACUAUGGGGAACAAGUCAAGUCUUAUGGCUUUGAAAUUCAGCGAUUAUUUUGGCUUACAAGGAAUUAGCAUUCGGCAAAGUAUCUCUGAUGAUGACUACCACCUGAUGUCCUUGGAGAUGAAGAAGGUACUUUUGGGAAGAAAAAAGUUUCGUCACGUCCUGCCGAACAAAAAGGUAGAAGAAAGUACGGAUGAAAUUGUAGAAGCGAUAAAGACGGAGAGUGGACAAGAAGUCCAGAAUGAGAAGGCACCCAAAAAUGAAAAAGAAAAGUCUGAAGAACGACUACCGCCUGAAGAUGACUGGGAAGAACCGGCUCUUAAUAUGAAGAUCGAACCUGUGGUCACCGUCGUGAACAUGGCUUCAGUGGCUAGUAGACCUUUGCAUGAUCCUCGAGAAGAAAAUCAUUCUUCGUGUGGGGACAAGUCAGUGACAUCGAAAUCAAGCCCAGCACCUUCCCCCCGGCUGUUCAAAAGUCGACAACCGACAAAUAGGAAGUAUUCAGUGAUUGACAUCAAGACCGGCCUCCGGAAGUCUAAAUUCACUUUGGAGUUGGAAGAAAAGUUGAGACAGUCAAAGUUAGAGUUAGGGUUCGACACCGAUCUUGAAGAUUGGAGGGAGUUCACAUACAAAGUGGAGAAACCAGAAUUGAAGAGGCAGGAUAUUGUGAAUAAAGGUCCGGUAGAAUCUCCAGAAGACGAGGCGACUGAAAGAAAAAACGAGAAGAUCUUUCCUCAUAACUGUCAGGUUUUAGGUUUAUGCAGUAUCGAAAGGAAUGAAGAUCUACAAAAGAAAUUCCAAAAUGUAAAUCCAUCUGUUUGUAAAGAUGAGAUAUCAAGAGAGUACAGCCUUGUUAACUUGGACAGCGGUAACCCUGAGCCCGCCAAGAGGGAUAUUUGUGAUUGUGACGUUUGUACUUUAUCAUACCUUACUGGGAUGGGGUUCCCUUCGCACUGUGAGAAUCUUAUGGAGAAAAGAAGGGCACUCGAUGAGACUAACAAGUUGGACAAGGAUCGGAAUGAUAGGAUUCAGAUUUUGGACGUAAAGGACCUAAGCAGGUCUAUCAAAGUGAGCGUGUUUAAUAAUGAAUUCUCUGAUCUGAGUUACUCCUCCCCUUCGAUUACUUCUGCUUCUUACGAUGGAGACUGUACCAAUUUGAAGAUCAAGAAGAUGUUCGAGAAUAAUACUAGAGAGCGUCAUGGUGGGACGGAAAUCAACAACGGAUACCUCACCUAUAACGAAAUUCCAACUUUUGGAAACUGUCUGCAAACCGAUCAUCCUAACACAAUUACAAAUUUUCCUCCAUGUGAAAAGAGCAACGAGUCACCCGAUCAGUGGGUGAGAAGAUCAAGACGAACAACCGUUUUAGGAAACUAUUCCUCCAAAAUGAACUAUAGAUUUCCUUCUACUUCCACCACAGGUGCUAGCUUUUCUUCUUCAUUAUCUACUAUCCUUUCCUACCGCCGGGUAAGGCAGAUUUUCCAGAAUUUCAUAGAGAAGAACUGCUCGAAGAAGAAGGUGAGGAGGAACAUCAACAAAUUCAAGGAAAUGGAAGAACUAGGACUGGGAGAGGUCAAGAAUAAUCGAUGGUAUCCGAGCGGUACAAAGACAGUUUCUAUUUGGAAUGACAUCCACUCAAAUGUCCGAGGAUGCCAAGCAGAAUUUAAGAAAUUCCCAAAAAUGUCAUCUAUGCCAUUGAAAUGAUAAAUGAUAAAUGUUAAGUCAUUGAUUAUAUUCAUUUUUCUUUA